AUGACUAAUAAUACAAGAGGUUAUAUUCAAUUACAUCCUUUCCACUUAGUAGGUCCUUCACCUUGACCUAUAUUUACAUCAUUUAGUUUAAUGAAUUUAGCAUUAUCAUUAGGUUUAACAGCACAUGGAUACAUAAAUAAUAAUAUAUUUAUAUUAUUAAGUACUAUAACUGUUUUAUAUAGUAUGACAUUAUGAUUUAAAGAUAUUAUAGCUGAAAGUACAUAUUUAGGAGAUCAUACAGUUGCAGUUAAAAGAGGUUUAAUGCAAGGUUUCUUAAUAUUUGUAGUUAGUGAAAUAUUAAUAUUUUCUUCAUUAUUUUGAGCAUUCUUACAUUCAGCAUUAAAUCCUACAGUAGAGAUAGGAAUGUCUUGACCUCCAGCAGGUAUAGAGGCUAUUUCAGCUGCUGAAUUACCAUUAUUAAAUACAAUAAUUUUAUUAGCAUCAGGAGUUACAAUAACUUAUGCUCAUCAUGCAUUAAUAAAUGGUAAUCGUCAAAAUACUUUAUAUGGUUUUGCUUAUAGUACAUUAUUAAUAGUAUUAUUUGUUAUAUUCCAAGGUUUAGAGUAUACAUAUGCUGGUUUCACUAUUACUGAUGGAGUAUACGGUUCAACUUUCUUUGCUUUAACUGGUUUACAUGGUUUACAUAUGAUAAUGUUAAUUAUAAUGUUAGCUAUAUGUACUAUACGUGUUUAUAAUUAUGAUUUUACAAAUACAUCACACGUUGGUGCUGAAACUACUAUUUUAUAUUUACACGUUUUAGAUGUUAUAUGAUUAUUUAUAUAUAUAAUUGUAUACUGAUGAGGUGCAUAA